AUGUGCAUCUGCUCCGGCAUUGGUCAACUGGCACAUAUGUGUCAUUCGAAUCUGGUCGAUGCUGUCCGACCUUUCCUUCGUUUGAUUCGCGACAAAGCUGUUGGGACCGCUCCUGAGGCAGGUGCUCGGCCAGCCAAGGGUAAGAAAAGCAAGGCACGCUUGAUGAUGGAGCAGUCCGAGCUGAUCCUGGAACUGCGGCCCAAGCGCCAGGCAAGCCAGGCGCCGAGUUCUGGAGAAGUCUUGACUGGAUGGGCUGCGCUGGAGGCACAGUUUGAGGCGAUGGCGACUGCUUCAAGCACCGAAUGGGGCUCUACUUCUGAGUCGCUUUGGUUCUUCGUGGGCUAUGCCAACUUCAAAGUGUAUGACUUCACUUUCCUGGUUUUGGAAUUCUUGGAUGAGGAAUGCGACAGCGACGGUGUCCUGCAGAAGGUUUUCUUGCAUGUUCCCGAUGAGAGCUUGCAUGUCAGUCGGUCGCGCAUGGCUUUGGCUGACCUUGUGGAUUUCCAGAAACGCUGGAGGGCGGUGUGGUGGCAGCUGGACAACAGACAGAAGAUGCUUGACAAGGAUGAUUUCGUGCCUGAUGUUUUGGAGGUCCUGCCGCUCAAUCCAGAGUUGCUUCCUGUUUUUACAAUCUGGCAAGGCCAAGCAGAAGAAGAGCUGAGGAGGAAACGCUCUGCUCCGAGGCGCAGCGGCGGUGGCGGAGGGCACGAUCCUGGCGGCCCGCCGGGUGGAUCGGGUGGUUGCAAGCCUCAGGUCGCUGGGUCCUCUAGGUCGAGGCCCGAGGUGCUUCAGGUCCGCAAGAGUCGCAAGGGCCCAGCCGAGUAUGCUGCUGCGGUUGCUGCAGGCCAAGAAGAUGCUGACGGCAAUGACCCCCCACUUCUGGAUGCCGUUGAUGCUGGUGCAGAUGACGAAGACAACGAGUCUGAGGCUGAUUGGGAGAUACUGGCAGAUGCUGCCGAGGCUUUCGCAGAAUGUGCAGAUGAUGAAGGUGAGGCCGGUGAGGCUGCCCAGCCUCCUGAAGUGGAACCAGAGCCAUCAUCUUCUGUCGGUGGGCCUGGUUCUGCUCUGCGUGAUCUACGAACUGCUGUGGAAGCUUUGGCAAGCGCUGAGGAUCUUGGCCCUGCCGAGCCUGCUGCUGUGCACUUGCCUAGUGCGCCGGAGCCCAGGGAUGGUCCUGCAGAUGCCAGCAGCCGAGUCAAGACGGUGAAGGAAGAAAGCUUUCCAGUGUGGCGUCUUGGCUCCAUACGCUACAAUCCUCGAUCGCAGACCUACACGGCUUUCUGUUCUCAGCAUGGGGAAGGCUGCAAAAGGAACAGAACUUGCAAAGCGCCCAGCACUCGUUCAAGCAGGCCAGGUCAAGGCCGCCCACUCGGGCAGCUGUUGGCUUGGUUGAAGGACGCAAAGAAUUUUUCGGAUGCCGAGCAGCAUGUUCACGGAUCGACAGUUCACUUGGACUAUGAGAGCCGGAGAGCGGCUCGGAUUAGUUUCCUUGCCUUGCCAGGAGCUUUGCACUUUGCAAGGCACGAGCGUGCCAGAGCACCUGGGGAGUCCGACGAACCCCGGGUGGUGAGCUAA